UUCUAAUAUAAAUCCGUCAGCAUCUCGACUCACAGAAACAAUACACAUCUCACACAUCCAAUUCUUAAAGCAUCCAGAUCUGAAUUAUUCACACCAAAACUAAAAAAGAAUUCCCUAUCCAAUACAACCUAGUUAUAACUUUAUACAUACAUCAUGUCCAACCAAGGUUCGCCAAGACAAGGGUCGUUCAGAGAACGCGUUGAACAAGAGAUGAUGGCUCGAGGGCAGGUAACUACGAGCCAGUCUCAAAACCAAGAGACUCCGCUGAAAAGCCCCCUACGGAAGCUCUCAUAUGAGUUACUUCCUGAAAUCCUUUCAGUGAUAAAAGUAGCCCCGCCGGUCUUGACUACGAACGAUGGUAAUAUAACGCCAUUGGACCAUCUGGCCAGUCUAUCUGACCAGCAGAAUUCAAGCCAGGCCGGAAAAGGCACGCUGGGCCCUAAACCGACGCUCCACAGACGCAACGCGCUUUGCCGGCGGGUGACAGCGCCCGUGGGAUAUAAGAAAGAGCUUCCUCACGAAGACAAGGGCCCAAAGGAUUACUUUUCUUUCCCGUUCGCAGAGCCCCCUUCGCCGCACUCACCUGCGGCGGAGGAGCUCCGGAGCGCGUGGCAGAAUAUCCAAAGGCCCAUCCGAGCUCAGUCGUUACCCUCGCGUCAAUUUCACAAACCGCAAAAUUAUCUCAGCUAG